AUGCACAAACGUACAUAUUCGGUGACAGUGGGGGUGCUGAGAGCAACUCGCCUGGCUGGUGGGGGUGUAGGGAGCAACUCACCUGGCUGGUGGGGGUGCUGGGAGCAACUCGCCUGGCUGGUGGGGGUGCUGGGAGCAACUGACCUGGCUGGUGGGGGUGCUGGGAGCAACUCACCUGGCUGGUGGGGGUGCUGGGAGCAACUCACCUGUCUGGUGGGGGUGCUGGGAGCAACUCGCCUGGCUGGUGGGGGUGCUGGGAGCAACUCGCUUGGCCGGUGGGGGUGCUGGGAGCAACUCGCCUGGCUGGUGGGGGUGCUGGGAGCAACUCGCCUGGCUGGUGGGGGUGCUGGGAGCAACUCCCCUGGCUGGUGGGGGUGCUGGGAGGAACUCGCCUGGCUGGAGCAACUCACCUGGCUGGUGGGGGUGCUGGGAGCAACUCGCUUGGCUGGUGGGGGUGCUGGGAGCAACUCGCCUGGCUGGUGGGGGUGCUGUGAGCAACUCGCCUGGCUGGUGGGGGUGCUGGGAGCAACUCGCCUGGCCGGUGGGGGUGCUGAGAGCAACUCACCUGGCUGGUGGGGGUGCUGGGAGCAACUCAACUGGCUGGUGGGGGUGCUGGGAGCAACUCGACUGGCUGGUGGGGGUGCUGGGAGCAACUUGCCUGGCUGGUGGGGGUGUUGGGAGCAACUCGCCUGGCUGGUGGGGGUGCUGGGAGCAACUCGUCUGGCUGGUGGGGGUGCUGGGAGCAACUCACCUGGCUGGUGGGGGUGCUGGGAGCAACUCGCCUGGCUGGUGGGGGUGUUGGGAGCAACUCGCCUGGCUGGUGGGGGUGCUCGGAGCAACUCGUCUGGCUUGUGGGGGUGCUGGGAGCAACUCACCUGGAUAAUGGGGGUGCUGGGAGCAACUCGCCUGACUGGUGCGGGUGCUGGGAGCAACUCGCCUAGCCGGUGGGGGUGCUGGGAGCAACUCGCCUGGCUGGUGGGGGUGUUGGGAGCAACUCGCCUGGCUGGUGGGGGUGCUGGGAGCAACUCGUCUGGCUGGUGGGGGUGCUGGGAGCAACUCACCUGGCUGGUGGGGGUGCUGGGAGCAACUCGCUUGGCUGGUGGGGGUGCUGGGAGCAACUCGCCUGGCGGGUGCGGGUGCUGGGAGCAACUCGUCUGGCUGGUGGGGGUGCUGGGAGCAACUCGCCUGGCUGGUGGGGGUGCUGGGAGCAACUCGACUAGCUGGUGGGGGUGCUGGGAGCAACUCAACUGGCUGGUGGGGGUGCUGGGAGCAACUCGCCUGGCUGGUGGGGGUGCUGGGAGCAACUCAACUGGCUGGUGGGGGCGCUGGGAGCAACUCGUCUGGCUGGUGGGAGUGCUGGGAGCAACUCGCCUGGCUGGUGGGGGUGCUGGGAGCAACUUGCCUGGCUGGUGGGGGCGCUGGGAGCAACUCGCCUGGCUGGUGGGGGUGCUGGGAGCAACUGGCCUGGCCGGUGGGGGUGCUGGGAGCAACUCGCCUGGCUGGUGGGGGUGCUGGGAGCAACUCGCCUGGCCGGAGCAACUCACCUGGCUGGUGGGGGUGCUGGGAGCAACUCGCCUGGCUGGUGGGGGUGCUGGGAGCAACUCGCCUUGCUGGUGGGGGUGUUGGGAGCAACUCGCCUGGCUGGUGGGGGUGCUGGGAGCAACUCGUCUGGCUGGUGGGGGUGCUGGGAGCAACUCACCUGGCUGGUGGGGGUGCUGGGAGCAACUCGCCUGGCUGGUGGGGGUGUUGGGAGCAACUCGCCUGGCUGGUGGGGGUGCUCGGAGCAACUCGUCUGGCUGGUGGGGGUGCUGGGAGCAACUCACCUGGAUGGUGGGGGUGCUGGGAGCAACUCGCCUGGCUGGUGCGGGUGCUGGGAGCAACUGGCCUAGCCGGUGGGGGUGCUGGGAGCAACUCACCUGGCUGGUGGGGGUGCUAGGAGCAACUCGAAUGGCUGGUGGGGGUGCUGGGAGCAACUCGCCUGGCUGGUGGGGGUGCUGGGAGCAACUCCCCUGGCUGGUGGGGGUGCUGGGAGCAACUCACCUGGCUGGUGGGGGUGCUGGUAGCAACUCACCUGGCUGGUGGGGGUGCUGGGAGCAACUCGUCUGGCUGGUGGGGGUGCAGGGAGCAACUCACCUGGCUGGUGGGGGUGCUGGGAGCAACUCGCCUGGUUGGCGGGGGUGCUGGGAGCAACUUGCUUGGCUGGUGGGGGUGCUAGGAGCAACUUGCCUGGCUGGUGGGGGUGCUGUGAGCAACUCGCCUGGCCGGUGGGGGAGCUGGGAGCAACUCACCUGUCUGGUGGGGGUGCUGGGAGCAACUCGCCUGGCUGGUGGGGGUGCUGGGAGCAACUCGCUUGGCCGGUGGGGGUGCUGGGAGCAACUCGCCUGGCUGGUGGGGGUGCUAGUAGCAACUCGCCUGGCUGGUGGGGGUGCUGGGAGCAACUCGCCUGGCUGGUGGGGGUGCUGGGAGCAACUCGCCUGGCUGGAGCAACUCACCUGGCUGGUGGGGGUGCUGGGAGCAACUCGCCUGGCUGGUGGGGGUGCUGGGAGCAACUCGCCUUGCUGGUGGGGGUGUUGGGAGCAACUCGCCUGGCUGGUGGGGGUGCUGGGAGCAACUCGUCUGGCUGGUGGGGGUGCUGGGAGCAACUCACCUGGCUGGUGGGGGUGCUGGGAGCAACUCGCCUGGCUGGUGGGGGUGUUGGGAGCAACUCGCCUGGCUGGUGGGGGUGCUCGGAGCAACUCGUCUGGCUGGUGGGGGUGCUGGGAGCAACUCACCUGGAUGGUGGGGGUGCUGGGAGCAACUCGCCUGGCUGGUGCGGGUGCUGGGAGCAACUGGCCUAGCCGGUGGGGGUGCUGGGAGCAACUCACCUGGCUGGUGGGGGUGCUAGGAGCAACUCGAAUGGCUGGUGGGGGUGCUGGGAGCAACUCGCCUGGCUGGUGGGGGUGCUGGGAGCAACUCCCCUGGCUGGUGGGGGUGCUGGGAGCAACUCACCUGGCUGGUGGGGGUGCUGGUAGCAACUCACCUGGCUGGUGGGGGUGCUGGGAGCAACUCGCCUGGCUGGUGGGGGUGCUAGGAGCAACUCGCCUGGCUGGUGGGGGUGAGCAACUCAACUGGAUAGUGGGGGUGCUGGGAGCAACUCAACUGGAUGGCGGGGGUGCUAGGAGCAACUCACCUGGCUGGUGGGGGUGCUGGGAGCAACUCAACUGGCUGGUGGGGGUGCUGGGAGCAACUCAACUUGCUGGUGGGGGUGCUAGGAGCAACUCGCCUGGCUGGUGGGGGUGCUGGGAGCAACUCGCCGGGGGUGCUGGAAGCAACUCGCCUGGCUGGUGGGGGUGCUGUGAGCAACUCGCCUGGCUGGUGGAAGUGCUGGGAGCAACUCACCUGGCUGGUGCAGGUGCUGGGAGCAACUCGCCUGGCUGGUGGGGGUGCUGGGAGCAACUCACGUGGCUGGUGGGGGUGCUGGGAGCAACUCAACUGGCUGGUGGGGGUGCUGGGAGCAACUCAACUGGCUGGUGGGGGUGCUGGGAGCAACUCGCCUGGCUGGUGGGGGGUGCUGAGAGCAACUCGCCUGGCUGGUGGGGGUGCAGGGAGCAACUCACCUGGCUGGUGGGGGUGCUGGGAGCAACUCGCCUGGCUGGUGGGGGUGCUGGGAGCAACUGA